AACCACAAAGACGACGAGACUCCGGCGGCCUAUACCCGCCAGCGGCCGACAUGAAGGCCCGUUGGCAACUAUUGCUGUGGCUUGCAGGGUUGUUGAGGGCGACGCAACCGGCUCAGAACUGUUUGGAAGUAGAAUGCAACCGUACUUCCUCGAUUACGCCGGCAAGACAGACGGAGAGCAAGGCGGGAACAACGCCAUCGGCGGAGGGGACGUAUAACAUGACAGCCACACCACCGGCUACAAGUACCGCAUCGGAACCCGAAGACGCCUUCCAAAGACGCCUGAAAAUGCUACUUAAGGAGCAGAAGCUGGUACUUGCACCGGCGCACGAAGGGAAACAGCCGGCGUCGGCGCGCAGCCAUGCAGAAAGCGGCUGAAGUCUGGGCGCUGUUUGGUGGAAGGCACGCCGUUGAUACAGAGCUACAGAAAAGACGCGAUCUGCCGGAAAUGGACGAGUGUGAAGAGACCGUGUACCGGGGAAUCACGUGGCCAGCGACGCCGCCGGACAAAUGCGCCGAGAUGGACUGCCCCAACUGGAACGUCGGCAUCAUGACGUGGUGCUGCAACUCUAGGGGAUACUGGAAGACUCAGAGCCCCAACACGGCGCAGUGCGUGCAGCCUUCUGUCCUGUUGCUGAAGAGCCAGAUUACAGCGAGCUCCAAGCAGAAAUACUUAGCCGACAUCAUCGAGACGGUGAGCGAUUUCGUGGGCAACAACUCGCUCGAGGUCGGCGGCGAUCUGGUGGCCAUCGUCGAUCUUCUGGACAUGGGCGUGGCGAGGAGCGACACUGGCGACAACUACCCCGGCCGCAUCGCCAGCGCGGCGCAGGCGCUGCGCGUGGGCGGUCUCACGGCCUCCACGGUCGACGCGCUGCUCAGCCGCGACAAGCCCUGGAACGAAGUGCCUGUGCAAACGCGCCACAGCUGCGCCACGACUUUACUGCUGAUCAUGGACGUCGCCGGAAUAAUCCUGAGUGCUGCCAGCAGUGAACAAAAGAUUCUGGCUUUCAUAAACUUCCAGAUGAACAUAAUCUCGAGCACGACGACGCACAUCGCCAAUCAGACUAUGCUUCUUCCCGCGCCAAGCAACACGUCCGACCGAACGUACAGCACCGCGCAGCUUCGCAUCGCCCGCAACUCGAGCGGUGCCGACGAAGAUUCGCCGGUUGGCUGCGAUGGCGACGGCGGCGCCGGAGACGUCGUGAUCGUGUUUACCGAGUUCCCGAGGCUCGAUAAGCUCCUCCUCGACGACGGGGUGGACGUAGAGGAUCCUAAGCAGGAACUGAACUCUCCGGCCAUCAGCAUCCGAGUGGGCAGCGAGGCUCCGGGCUUGGUGUUGGGCGCGCACGUCGAACUGGCUCUACCCAUGCUACACCACGACGCAGAGAACCCUACAUGCGUAUUCUGGGACACCCUCAUCAAUGAAUGGAGCCCGGACGGAUGCCAGGUUGGGAGACGUAACAGCACCCACGUGGUCUGCUUCUGCCAGCACCUCUCCAACUUCGCCGUGCUUAUGGACCUGCGCGGAGCGCUGCCCAGAGACGAACGGUCCACGCUGCCCCUCAGAAUCAUCACCUGGACAGGUUGCAGCGCGUCCGUUCUCUGCCUCUGCCUCUGCGUCGCUGCGUUCGGUUGCUUCAGGUCCUUACGGAACACUCGUACGUCGAUUCACCUGAACCUGUGCAUCUGCCUUCUCGUCGCGGAAGUUGUCCUCAUGUUCGGUCUCGACCAAACCAAGCACAAGGUAGAGGUUGCCACCAUCUGCAACGAAUUGAUCUACGCUUUUUCAACGCUUGUUGUGCUCAUAGAAGCGGGCUACGUCAAGCCACCUCGAAAGCUCGCCGGUCUCUUAUAUACUCGAGGCAACGACAAGGAAUCAUAAGAAGCGGGAAACACCUGUAGCAAAGUGAUUCAUUGCACGAACGUCCGUAUAUGCGUGCUUUUGUGACCUGGUAUACGUAUGUCGUAACUCGAACGUCAGCCACGUCGUUUUUCGGAAGACUAGUUGCGAUAACGCGUAUUCGCCGUGUGCUUAUAUGUUCAGUGUAGUCAAUAAAUGUUUGUACGCUGAAGAUUUAAAAUGUUAAACACAUUAAAACACACAGCAGCUUCGAGAUUAAAAGUUUCAGUACCUUAACAUUUUGUGCAAGAACCACUGUAUGCCCCGCGUGUGAUAUAUCACUGGUUUCUGGAUCCUUAACUUUUAAAAAUUAAACAUAUAUGUGAUUUUUAGUCGUACAUUCGAGUUCACUACCUUCCGAUGUUACGCAAUUAAUCUGCUGUGCAGUGACUCCGUUACUUGACGUUUCGUCGCGUAGAAACGCAAGCAGUAGUGGACGCAUGACGCGAAGGAAGUUGCAUUUUGUUAUCGUACAUUGCAUGCAUGUCGGGCGAAGAUAUGUAGCCCUUUAUGUAUUGUUCCUGCCGUUUGAUGUUAUUAUAAUAAAGUGUUGUACUUGAAUAAAAGCCUUCUUGAACG